UUAAUUUACUCGACCUUAAUAUAGAUACUAAAUAGAUCUUUGCGAUACAGGAAUCUUAAUCUACUCGAUCUCCAUACAGAUACCAAGUAGACUUUGGUAAUGCACAAAGCUCAACUUAGUCUACCUCAAUACAGAUACAAACAGAUUUUUGCAAUGCACUAACCUCAAUUAACUCGACCUCAAUAUAAAUAUUAAAUGAACUUUUGCGAUAUACGAACCUCAAUUUACUCGACCUCCGCACACAAAGUGGGAAACAAAAAAUAGAAAAGAACCCAUAGACUUUAUAAAUCCUAAUUCUCCCAUUAGUGAACAAUCACUUUCCAGUCUUCUCCAGUCUUUUCUCAGCACUUCUCAGAUCUCUCUCAUAUCAUUACAAAAAAAAAACGAAAAAUACCAACGGUCAUAUUCUCAGUCUAUUUGUUUUCCUCUUCAGUUUCAAUUCAUUAACUGCCAAUUCCUCUUCAUAUAUAUAACUGCUUCUUAAACGGCUACUUAUUCACUUCCAAAUUUCUCUUCACAGUUUCCAGUAACUGAAACAUAAAAAAUGUCCCUGAAAUUUUCAUUUUCUCUCCUCCUAUUGUAUCUUAUCUCCUCCCUCUCCACCGCCCAAUUCGACGGCUCUGGCUCCGCCCCCGGUCCUCCCGGCGGCACGGGCACUGCUCCCGCCGCUCCCAGUGGCGCCGGCACUGCUCCCAGCGGCACCGGCACUGCUCCCGGAGGCGCUGGUACUGCUCCCGCCGGCGGUGGUGGCGGAGGGGCGGCGGUGGAGUUGUGGUGUGUGGCAAAGAAUAACGCAGAGGAUGCGGCACUUCAAUCAGCGAUAGAUUGGGCUUGUGGGCCUGGAGGUGCAAAUUGCGGGCCAAUACAGCCCGGUGGGCCGUGUUAUGAUUCUAAAGAUAUACAGAAAACGGCGUCGUUUGUGUUCAAUGAUUACUUUCUGAAGCAUGGUAUGACUGAGGAUGCAUGUAAUUUUGAUGACACUGCUGCCCUCAUUUCUAUUAAUCCUAGUCAUAACGGGUGUAAAUUUCCAUCGAGCAAGAAUUCUAGUGGAAGUUUUAGUGGGUCGACGAAUGGGGGAGGAGGUCAAGCCUCAGAUGAUGUGAGUAGCAGCAGUUCUAUUCUCAGGAGGUGGAUCUAUAUCUUGAUGGCGAUUAAUUUGCUGUUUGCAAGUCUGCUUAUUUUCUGAUGAAUCAAGAAUCUGUCUCAUUCCCACUGUAUGUAGUAUGUACUAUGUAGUCUUUAGCGUAAGCAAUUUUGUUGAGGACUCAAGCUCCAGGUAUUUAAUGUUGGUUCCAUGGGCUCUCAAAAUCGUAGGGGCCAGAAUUGAAGAAAUAUCUCCGACAGUUGUUGUAGAAAUGCAACUUUUUCCUUGAUUGCAGGCCUAAACUACCAUUGUAAAUCGAUUGUUGAUCUUUAAAAUGAGUUUUGCUA